GAAGGAAGCGCAGGGCAAUGGCGCUCAGCCCCCCCGAGCGGCAGCCGGGCCCGCCUGAACCCCCGUGCCCGGCGCCCCAGCAGCAGGAAGACGAGGCGGACGCCGACGUCGCCCUCGACCCUCAGCACCUGCGAGGCCUGGAAGCCGAGGCCGGCGGGAUCCCGCUCCACUCGCCUUGGACCUUUUGGCUCGACAAAUCCCUUCCCGGUACCACAGCAGCUGAAUGUGCAUCAAAUUUGAAGAAGAUCUACACGGUAGAAACUGUACAGAUCUUCUGGAGCGUUUAUAAUAAUAUUCCUCCUGUGACAAACCUGCCUAUGAGAUGUAGUUAUCAUUUAAUGCGUGGAGAGAGACGACCACUGUGUCUGCAGUUUGGAAAGAGUUACUGUUAGCUACAAUUGGAGAACAGUUUACAGACCAUUGUGGGACAAAUGAUGAAGUAAUUGGCAUCAGUGUCAGUGUUCGUGACCGGGAAGAUGUUGUUCAAGUCUGGAAUGUAAAUGCAUCAUUAGCAAAUGAAGCUUCAGUUUUAGAAAAGAUCCAUGAGCUUCUUCCCCAGACAUCUUUUAAAGCAGUUUUCUAUAAACCCCAUAAAGAACAUCAUGCUUUUGAAGGUAGACGUGGGAGACAUUAACUAGGACAGAACUUGGAAGAUUUUUCUAAGAACACCGCAACAGAAAGAUGGACAAAACAUUUACAAAAGCACCACAACCCUUAGUGUAUUUUUUUAGACCUUCGUAUUCCUCUUGAGCCGCUGGUACUGAAAAGCAAGAACUGCUGCCUCAGUAGCUGAUACUAUUUUGAUUUCUCAGCUCAAUAAAUCAGUUUCUUUUAGUAUUCCUUUCUUUUUAAGGUAGAAGACUACAGCAAAUUCUCAGUAUCUGCUUAAACUGCAAAUGUGCACAAGCAUGAUAUGCUGCUUCCCCCCCCCCCCCUCUAGAUCUGAAUCUAAAUAAAUCAUAGCUUAGGGAACCAUGUUUUCUGAAUUUGUUUUUAGACAUUCCUAUCAUGUUCACAUCUAGUUGUAGUUUUCUCCCCCCCCCCAAUGUACACUGUUCUAAUCCACAAUGACAAAUUGAAUCAUGCCAAUUCUACCCAAUCUCCAUUAAACAAAUUGAGCUUUCACUACACCUCUUCUAUCCGGCUUGCUACUUAGCACCCCUCAGCCUUUGCACUUGCUAAUGCUGAUGCUGUAAAGAUGUUUUAAUAAUCACUGAACAAAGCCUAUAAACUGAGAAUACAGUUCUAUUUUGACAAAGUCUGGGGGGAAAAGCCCUUAAGAAAGAUUGACUUGAUUCACACCCCUUAAUCAUACACCCCCAUUCUUGAAAUUCUAAGCUAGGCAAUGCUUAGAUAGAAGCACUGUUUGUGAUUAUGUAUCUACUGUGAUUUCUAUGAUAGUAGCAGCAGUUGAGUUGCUACAGUUGUGCUGUUAGUGCAGAGACUACAGUCAAGUGUGAAGCAGUCAAUUGUUAGUUGAUGUCUGUUUUAUGGCUAUUUCAAAAAUCUUAACGUAAAAGAAUGAAUAAGUUUUUGUCCGGAAACCCUACAACUUUUAUUUCUUACGUUGUUUGAUUUUUUUUUUUUCUUAUCUCACUAUAUAUUUUAUGUAUCUCUGAAAAACAGAUAAUGCUUUCUACUACGUUCUCACUUAAAAUACAAAGCUUCACAUUUCUUCUUCUUCACACACUUAUAAUAAUAUACCUCCCCCACAUCAUCCUCAUUAUGAUAACAACAGAUACUUUUUUUAUCCUUUAAGGUCAAUAUCAAUUGAAUAGUACCUUUAUGGUUAACAUAAUCAGUACAAUUUUGUUUAGUUAUAAAUUAUAACGCCUUAAGUACACUUUUCAGCAUAGAGAGAAGUCAGUUAUGUUUUAAAGCAUGAAUGUGAAGUUUUCAAAUUAGUUUGCGUGAUUUCCUCCCCAUACUAAUUUAUUGGAGGUUGCAAUACAUUUUUAUUUUUUAUUACAAAACCAAAGAUUUAUUUAGUUCCUCAGCAGAGGACGCCGAUGUGCUAGAGGGAACGUUCAUUCCCAUCUAAGCAGAAUUACUGGAUUAGUAUUAGUAUUUUGAAAAUUGUUCUGACUGCACUGAUAUCAACUCACAUUUAAUCGUAUAAGAAGGUGACUGUUGGAAUUCAGUACAUUUAUGAAUCAAGUUUUUUUCUUUUUAAUUUUGUACUAGUUCAUCUGUAUUUAUGAAUUAAACUUGUGCAUUUACCGAACCUUAUUAAAAGUUUUAUAAAUUCA